AUGCAUUACUCUACUCUUACUACCCUUUCCGCUCUUGUCACCAUGACAUCCGCUCUCGGAAUCAACUGUCGCGGCUCAGGACUAUGCUCUGGUGGCGCCGGCAACCUCAUCAAUCUGAAAGCAAUUGUCGACAACAUUCAACCACGAGACCGCCACUAUGAGACAGGCCAGCAAGUCGCUUGUACUGGUGACACUUGCGCUUUCUUUCAGAGUAGCGCAACCGGUACUGCUGAUGAUGUGUCCUGGGCCCUACAGGCCCUUCUUGACCACGGCUGUAAGAAGUGUGGGUCUGUCCCCAUGCAGGAUGGCAACAACGUCGAUGAUGGGCAGUUGACAGUCAACUUUGUCAGCGACCCUAGUUGCCAGGGAGCAUGUUAA